GUUUUUAAAUUUAUUUGGUCUAAUUGCGAGUUCUUUUACUCAUUCAGAACGUUUUAAAGCUGCUAGAAUGUUUAAUUUACUUGAUGUAAUGAUUGCUCCAAGGUUUUUGGUUAUUCUUCAAGAGGACUCAAAAAUGCAACAUUUAUUGUCAACUAAUAAUUUAAUUUUAACAACUUUGGAUUGUUGGAUUUUACAAAAAUUAACAACAAAUAGUGAUUUGUUUAUAACAGAGCCUUCAUCAAUUUCUUCUACUGGAUUAUUCGAUCCCUUUACGAAUUCUUGGGGUGUCCAAAUACUUCAAUUAAUUGGAUUUCCAUUUAAUUCAAUUUUAUUGCCUUCAAUUUCACCAACUUCACUUUUAUCGUUAACUACGGAUGCUGAAUUGUUUGGAAGAGAAAUUGAAAUAUCUGCUUGUUUAGGAGAUGCACAAUCUGCAGCAUUUGGUUCAGGAUGUAUUCAAAAAGGAGACGUCAAUUUAUCGUUGGGAACUGGAGCUAUACUGGAUUUUGUGUCUGGAGGUGAAGUGCAUGCCAGCAUGUGUGGUGGAGUAUAUCCCUUAAUAGGAUGGAAAUUGGAUGAACAAUCUACUACAUAUUUAUUAGAGAGCAAAUUUAAUCACUUAAUUUCUUCUCUUAAAUGGGGUAAUUUAAUUAAUUUAAUUCCUUCACUUGCUCCAACCGAAUUAAAUAAAUUGUGUGAAGAACUAUUUAAUGAGGAAGGUGAAGACUUGGAAGAUGAGGACAUUACUUGUUUUAUACCUUUUGGAUUGGAGAAAAAUGGCAAUGAUGAUUGUUCUUCACUUUUUGGGUUUAUUUUUUUUUAUAAUUUUUUGAUUAUAAUUAGAGUUAGGAUUUUUAGGCAAAUGCCUGUUUUUUUCCUAAAUAGGCUUGAUGCUGAAACGUCCAAAUCAGGUGUUAUUUUACUGAAAUCUUCUUUCUGA